AUGUCAUCUGCACAUGAAGCGGCUAAUAUUUUACCAUCAAAUUUUGACAUAGGUGGCUUAUCAAAUGCAUUGAAUAAUCCAGCACAAGUUUUUAGUAUGUUAGACAAAAAUAAUGAUGGACGUGUAACAAAACAAGAUUUGGCACUGCUAUUAGAACAAUUUGGAGUCAAUGGUAUGGCAGCUAAAGUAUUGUCAUCGUACCUAUUUAAACAGUUAGAUGCUAAUAAUAAUGGUACUAUUGAACCAAGUGAUCUUGUACAUGCCAAUGGAAUUUUAAGUAGUUUAUUAAAAAUGAAACAAAGUGGAAAUCAAUAA